CGUGUGACGUCACGGCAGAAAAUGACGCCAACGUUGUCCACGCGCCGCUUCUCUGUCGGGUUUUGUUCUCAUGGAAGAAGACGAAGAAGAGACAACGCGUACAGGAUGAGUCUCCCCGCGGCCGUCUGACACAUCCGGUCCCAGUCGAGAGCGAUAGGUUGUCACCCGGACGCUGCCGUGGAGAGGAGUCGACGUCAAGGCUGCUUUUGUGGCGGCCGCCGGGCACACAGGCAGGCUGGCAGGCGGCAUAAGCGGUUGAAGGUCCAUUGAGCAGAGCGAGCAGCCAUGUUGCCCCGCUGCCGCCCCAGCCACGCCUCCCGCAUCGCCCUCCUCCGCGUCCUGGCCGUGACCCUGCUGCUCUGCCCCGUGGGCCCGGCGGCGGGUCAGGAGGGGGUUCCGAGCCAGUCUCCCGCCCAGGUGCUGAAGGACCUGUUGGCCCGCCACGGAGACAACGGCACCAUCACCGUGCCCCAGCUGCGCUCCCUGCUGGCCCUUCUCAGCCAGGGGCAAAGUGGCGCCCAAGACGCGGACGUGACGCCCGGCGCCGCGACGAGCCCGCCCCCGAAGGCCAACAACUCCAAGUGCUUGCCCGCGGACACGCUGGCCCUCUACAGGAUGAGCGAGCAGUCUCGCCUGGAUGGGCGGGGCUUGCAGGAGUUGUGCCCCAGCAUGCUGCAGCAGCUGGACGCCGGCGCCUGCCGGGCCCACCAGGAGGAGGAGCCGAGCGGCGACGUUUCGCCCAGGCCGUCUGAUGCCGAAGUGUGGGGCUACGGCAUCCUGUGCGUGACGCUCAUCUCGCUGUGUUCGCUGGUGGGGGCCAGCGUGGUUCCCUUCAUGAGGAAAACCUUUUACAAGCGACUGCUGCUCUACUUCAUAGCGCUGGCCAUCGGCACGCUCUACUCCAACGCCCUCUUUCAGCUCAUCCCCGAGGCCUUCGGUUUUGACCCCAUGGUGAACUUCUACGUGUCCAAGUCUGCCGUGGUGUUCGGGGGCUUCUACCUCUUCUUCUUCACCGAGAAGAUCCUCAAGAUGCUCCUCAAGCAGAAGCACACGGGUCACGGCCACAGCCAUUACUCCGGGGCAGACGGCUACUCGGCGCCGGAGCGGGAGGCAGAGGAGGGCGAGAGGGAGAAGCUUCAGCAGAACGGCGAGGUCGGCGUCCACGCGGUGGGCAAGCUGGAUGCGGGCGAUGGCGAGCUGAUGCUCCGCCCCUCACAGACGCCGCAGGUACAGAAGGGAUCGUCGGAUUGUCGUCUUGGCGAGAUUCUCACCCCGGGGUCCUUCCCCUCUCAGGACGCUCAGAGCGCAGAGGGCGGGGGGCGGGCCAACAGGAGGGGCGGCGGCUGCUACUGGCUGAAGGGGACGGCCUACUCGGACAUCGGCACGCUGGCCUGGAUGAUCACGCUGAGCGACGGCCUGCACAACUUCAUCGACGGCCUGGCCAUCGGCGCCUCCUUCACCGCCUCUGUCUUUCAGGGCAUCAGCACGUCGGUGGCCAUUUUGUGCGAGGAGUUCCCCCACGAGCUGGGUGACUUCGUCAUCCUGCUCAACGCCGGCAUGAGCAUCCAGCAGGCGCUCUUCUUCAACUUCCUGUCCGCCUGCUGCUGCUACCUGGGAAUGGGCUUCGGAAUCCUGGCCGGGAACAGCUUCUCGCCCAACUGGAUCUUUGCCCUGGCGGGGGGCAUGUUCCUCUACAUCGCUCUGGCCGACAUGUUCCCGGAGAUGAACGAGGUAAGUCGCGAGGAAGAGGACGCGGGCGGCAGCAGCUUCCUCCUCACCUUCGCCAUCCAGAAUGGCGGCCUGCUGACGGGCUUCGCCAUCAUGCUGCUCCUCACCACCUACUCGGGACAGAUCAAGCUAGCCUAGCGGGAAGAAGACGCUGUGCUUCUUUUGUUGGGUGUUUUUUUCUUCUCCUCCAUCGUGAUGUAACAUGGCCACGCCCAUCAAAUGGGAUGGCGGAGCUUCCUUGAAGGCAGCAGUAGCACGUGGUCACAUGGUUAUAUUGCAGUCAAGCACAGCUAACAUGGCAGUCAUGCUAAAGACCUGCUAAACCUUGGGCUGGAAGCUUUAGCUGACCUGUAAAUGACCUUUCACCUAUGACCCCCGACUCGGGGGACGCCAGGGCCCUGCCAUAUACAGGCUUAGACCAACCUUGUUUUAUUUUGUCCCUUGAAUGCAUCACGUUGCCCACCGGUCCCAAUCCUUAUGUGAAAGCCUUUUUGUGCUUCUAGCUAGCUAAGCUAGCUAACGGACGUCAUGGGAAGUAAGGAAACAGUUUUUGUGCUUCUAGCUGGCUAACGGACGACAUUUGACGCUAAAGCCCUCACCAAAAGACGUUUUUUAAAUUUACAUAACUGACUUGUACAAUAUUAACCAAGCGAUUUUGUCUUUGUAGCAACUAAUAUGAGGAACUAUAUUAAUAAGGCGGAGUAACACGACGCCUGCUAGUAGCUAGUCUCGUAGCUGCUGUCGAUCGACGGAGCUAGCAAGCAACUGUAUCAAUGCGCCCAUGACAGAUGUUCCGGUAGUGUUUUUCAGCAUCAAAAUGCGGCAAUAUGCUGUCUUACAUGUUAUUAUCGGUGUACUUGAAUGGUCAAUGUACGGUCACAGCAUGUAUAUCAAACAAUUAAACGGUUAUAUAUCAAACUAUUAGACGGUUAUAUGUUUUUGGAGGGCUUCGAAGUUGAAAUAGGUUCGUCCCAAUGGCGCAUUUUUUUUUUUUUAGCUAGGUCAUGGUAGCGCCCUUUCUCGCGUUGUAAUGCACACAAAAGGGAAAUAAAUGUGUUCGUGUUUCACGUAAGGAUUGGGAAUUAUGGGCCAAAUUACCCCAAAAGUGCAGUUCCAUUCCAAGAGCGUACAUGUCGCAGUUUCUAUGGUUUUUAGCUAAGGGAGAGACGGGCAUAUGAGGCUUGUGGCUAAUCACGUGACCCAUUUAAGACACGUCAUAAAUGCCAGCUUGACAUAAAUUGCGUCGACGUCAGCCUUCCACCAGAUGGCGCCAAUGCUGCUUUUACCGUACAGCAUCUCUAAGUUAGGGCCUUUUGCCAUAGAGCUCUUAGGCUACUAAAGUCACAUUGCUUUUUCUCAUAUUAUUACCACUUUAUUCUCGGGCAAGUUCUUGUUAGAAUGCAACUUUUGUCUCUUAAUAUUGGAACUUUAUUCUCGUGAGAUUAUAACUUCAAAUUGCAGAUUUGUUGUUUUGUUUGUUUUUCAAAAUUUGUUAACUACGACUUUAUUUUCAAAUAUGUUUACCCCAACUUCAAUUUUUCUUUCUCAAAAUUGUAUGCAUUUUUCCCUGUAAUAUUUCAACUCCAUGCUUUUCUUUUCUUUUUUAAAUGCUGCAAAUAUUUCAGUAUUCAGUAUUUAGUACUUUUGUUUCUCAUGAUACAUUGAAUAUUAUUUUUCUUGAAUAUCUGAAAUAAUUUUUUUCAGUUUGUCAUAAAAUAACCUUUUUUUCUUCUGAAUAAUUUGACUUUAUUUUUGUACGACCUUUUGCUGCAACCUAAUUCAUUUGUUUUACUUUUCCAAAUAUGGCUGUAAAAGUUUCAUUAUAUUUAUUUCAUUUUUAUUUGAUUUUAUUUCAAUUUUACGCUACUAAAAUGAGAUCAUUUUUUGAAAUAGACAUAUAUAUAUAUAUGUCUAAUACUUUAUUUAUAAAUAUAUAUUUUCCCUCAUGUUAUUCUGGUCAAAUGACAACUUUUUUUUGUUAAAUUGCAGCAAUUUUCACUUUAUUUAUUGAAAUUACUGCUGAAUGUUUCAUUUUUGCUGGCUUUUCUUUAAAAAUGUUUUAUAAUAAAUUGUAUUUUUUAGAAUAUGGCUAAUAAAACAAUGGAAUAAAAUGUUUGGUCUUUGGACACCCUAACUGCCCGAACUCUUAGUGAGCUGUGUGUAAGUCAGGGUGGAAAGUGGACCCCCCCCCCCCCCCCCCCACCCCCCAUGAUCUCUCAUCACGUGGAUUUGUCACGCGACGUCUUUCCUUUUAUAUCAUGACUCCUGAUAUUUAAGUUUUGAAAUGACUUUAUAUAUUUGGCCAAUAAAGAUUUUGGAUGGA